AUGGCUACAGCAAAUUACACAGUGAUGACCAACUUCAUUCUUCCUGGACUAACAGAAAAUCAGGAGAUACAGGUUCCACUCUUUCUGGUGUUUCUAGUCAUCUAUUUUAUCACUCUGGUGGGCAAUCUUGGGAUGAUAAUUUUAAUUUGGAUGGAUUCCCAACUGCAUUGCCCAAUGUACUAUUUCCUCAGUGGCCUGUCCUUCUUAGAUGCCUGCUAUUCCACCACCAUCACACCUAACAUGCUGGUGAACUUGUUCGUGGACCACAAAGCCAUCUCUUAUGCUGACUGCAUAGCACAAUAUUGCUUCUUUGCCAUCUUUGCCACCACUGAGUUCUUCCUAUUGGCUGCUAUGGCAUAUGAUCGGUACAUGGCCAUUUGUAAUCCUUUGCUCUACAUUUCUGUUAUGACUAGGAGGCUUUGCACAGGUUUGAUAGUGGACUCAUACCUCUGGGGUAUUUUGAACUCUCUGAUUCACACCAGUGGACUGUUGAGAUUGUCCUUCUGUGGUCCCAACAUUAUCAAUCACUUUUUCUGUGACCUUACACCACUCCUGAAAUUGGCUUGCAAUGAUAUCUACAUAAACGAAAUACUGGUAUUCAUAUUUGGCAGCUUGUUUGAAAUGAGCAUCUUGCUGAUCAUCCUCAUCUCUUACGUAUUCAUUAUUUUAGCCGUACUAAGGAUUCUCGCUGAGGGGAGGCAUAAAGCAUUUUCCACGUGUGCCUCCCAUCUCAUGGCAGUGGCCAUCUUCCACGGGACCAUUCUCUUCAUGUUUAGGCCCAGUGCUAGCUACUCACUCGGCACGGACAAAAUGGCCUCUGUGUUUUACACGGUGAUUAUACCUAUGUUGAAUCCUCUUAUCUACAGCCUAAGGAACACGGAUGUAAAGUCUGCUCUGAGGAAAGUGAUUGGGAGAAAAGUGCUUUCUCAGUAA